AUGGCCGCGGCAGGCCCAACGGCCGUCGAGGACCAGGGCAGGCUCCUGGAGGAAGCCUUGGGUGUUGUGCGCCAACAGUCCCAGCAGAUGCGGCGAUGUCUUGAAACUCCUGGGAAGCUCAUGGAUGCUCUUAAGUGCGGUUCAACCUUGGUUUCUGAACUCCGGACACCAACCCUUGGACCCAAACAGUAUUACGAAUUGUACAUGGCGGUCUUCGAUGCGCUCAGGUAUCUUUCUGAAUAUCUACGCGACUCUCACCCGGUCAAUCACCUCGCAGACCUUUACGAACUUGUUCAGUAUGCAGGCAACAUAAUACCAAGGUUAUACCUAAUGAUAACGGUCGGGACGGUCUACAUGGGCGUUGAGGAUGCACCAGUCAAGGAGAUCAUGAAGGACAUGAUGGAGAUGAGCCGCGGAGUCCAACAUCCCAUCCGAGGACUGUUCCUACGGUACUACCUCAUGGGCCAAGCGAGAGAUUAUCUGCCCGCCGGCAAAGAGGAAGGGCCUCAGGGCAACCUCCAGGAUUCGAUCAACUUCAUCCUGACCAAUUUUGUGGAAAUGAACAAACUGUGGGUCCGUUGGCAACACCAAGGCCAUUCCAGAGAAAGGGAGCAGAGGACGCAAGAACGGAGAGAACUAGAACUCCUCGUUGGAAGCAAUCUCGUCCGCUUGAGCCAACUUGUCGAUCUAGAAACGUACAAGGCAACUAUAAUCUCUCCGCUGCUGGAACAGGUGGUGCAGUGUAGGGAUGUGUUGGCGCAAGAGUAUUUACUUGAAGUGAUCACCAAGGUCUUCCCCGACGAGUACCACCUGCACACCCUAGACCAAAUGCUGUCGGCAAUUGCCCGACUGAACCCACAUGUCGAUAUGAAGAAGAUUGUUAUCGGCCUCAUGGAUCGCCUGUCAACUUAUGCGCAAAGAGAGUCUGAAAGCUCGUCCGAAGAGGACAGACGAAAGGCGGAGGAAGAAGCGGCUAUCCGUAUGUUGGAGAAGAUUGACCUGAAUCAAGACGCGAAGCCAGCGCCAGCUGCCGAGCCAGCGUCUCCCAACACGAAUGGCACCGAGCCAAAAUCACCAUCAGAGUCACACCCGGUUGAGUCUGAACCAUCCACCCCUGCCACUCCGGCCACGAAUGGGGACAAGACUGCAAAUGGUGUUGGGGACGUGAGGUUAUUCGAGAUAUUCUACGAACAAGUGGUAAGCCUUGUGAAGACCAGAAGCCUACCAAUCCAGGAUACGAUGGCUCUCUUGACUUCCCUCGCCAACCUCGCUCUCAACAUUUAUCCGGACAGAUUAGAGUAUGUCGAUCAAAUUCUGGCAUAUGCUCGCGAUAAGGCUGCCGAGUAUGUCGAUUCUGCUGAUCUUCACUCCGCUGCUACACAAGCGAACAUGCUCAACCUCCUGCUAUCACCAAUUCGGACCUACUUCUCACUCUUCACCGCGUUAACUCUGCCGAACUACCUCCCUCUAUUCCAAUCACAAUCCUACGCCACCCGUCGUGCCGUUGCUGGUGAAGUAGCCAAAAAUAUUCUGCGCAGCCGGAUCAAGAUUACGACAACGCAGCAUCUCGAAGGUGUUAUGUCUUUGCUGAAAGUUAUCAUCAAGGAAGGAAUCCAACAACCGGGAGGAUACCCUGGGCUGAACCGACAGAGGGGAGGUGAAUCCGACGAGACGGUCGAAGAGCAGGGAUGGCUCGCACGGAUCGUCCAUUUCAUCGCUGGUGCCGACAAUGACACUCAAUUGAAGUUGCUACAACAAACGAAGAAGGCAUACGACGCUGGCAACGAACGAAUCAAGUACACCAUGCCAGCGAUUAUUACAGCCUCGAUGAAGCUCGCGCGGAAACUGAAAUCACGAGAACACUUUGAUGACAACUGGCAGACCCAGUCCUCAACCUUGUAUCGCUUCAUGCAUCAAACCCUGUCACAACUUUAUACCCGGGUCAACCCAGGAGCCGCCGAACUAUGUCUCCGUCUUUUUGUUGCUUGCGGUCAAAUUGCCGAUCAAUGCGGAUUUGAAGAGUUUGCGUAUGAGUUCUUUGCCCAAGCUUUUACUGUCUAUGAGGAUAGCAUAAGCGACUCGAGAGCUCAGUUCCAGGCAGUGUGCAUCAUUGCUGGCGCGUUACAAACAACUCGAGGCUUUGGAAAGGAGAAUUAUGACACACUCAUCACAAAAGCAGCUCUUCACGGAAGCAAAUUGUUGAAGAAACCGGAUCAAUGUCGGGCGGUUUAUCUGGCCAGCCAUCUCUGGUGGUGCGUUGAGAUACCAGGCAAGGAGGAAGAUCCAAAAGAUUUCUAUCGUGACGGCAAGCGUGUCUUGGAAUGCUUGCAGCGAGCACUUCGUGUUGCCGACGCCUGCAUGGAUGCUGCGGUAUCGGUGGAGUUGUUUGUCGAGAUUUUGAAUAGAUAUGUCUACUAUUUUGAUCAACAGAACGAAACGGUGACGACGAAAUAUUUGAACGGCUUGAUUGAGCUCAUUCACUCGAACCUAUCGACCUCCAAUGCAGAGGGCAAUGCCCAGACUAUGGAAAACCCCAAACGUCACUUUUUCCGAACGCUGGACUACAUUAAAUCGAGGGAUUUUGAGGGGGUGGUUACCGAAGCGCGGCAGUAG